AGAACUUGGCACAGAUGGCUUUGUUUGAAAGCGAAUACUAGUCCUCGACUGAGCCAAACUCCAAAUUAGAAGCCUUUGCGCUGUGUAAUACUUUAUAUAUGACCCAGGACCGGUUCUUCUUUCCUUCUUUUCUUCAGCUGGACAGUGUUCGGACAUGUCUCAUCGCAAAUUCCAUGCGCCCCGACACGGGCACAUGGGGUUCCUGCCGCACAGGCGCAGUAAGAAGCACAGGGGGAAGGUGCGUACCUGGCCUAAAGACGACCCCAGCCAACCGGUCCACCUCACUGCCUUCCUGGGCUACAAGGCGGGCAUGACCCACACCCUCAGGGAGAUGCACCGCACUGGCCUCAAGCAGUCUAAACGAGAGGAGGUAGAGGCGGUUACUAUCAUUGAAACUCCUGCCGUUGUCGUUGUGGGAGUCGUGGGAUACAUCCAAACGGUCCGUGGCUUACGUUCCCUGAAAACCAUUUUUGCCGAGCACCUCAGCGACGAGUGCAAGCGCAGAUUUUAUAAAAACUGGUACAAGAGCAAGAAGAAGGCCUUCACUAAGUACAGCAAGAAGUGGCAAGAUGAGACAGGAAAGAAGCAGCUGGACAAGGACUUUGCUCUGAUGAAGAAAUACUGUUCAGUCAUCAGGGUCAUUGCUCACUCCCAGAUGCGGUUGCUUCCUAUAAAACAGAAAAAGGCCCACAUCAUGGAGGUUCAGCUUAAUGGGGGCAGCGUCUCAGACAAGGUGGACUGGGCGAAGGAGCACCUGGAGCAGGCGGUGCCCGUCUCCGCCGUCUUCUACCAGGACGAGAUGAUCGACGUCAUCGGCGUCACCAAGGGUCACGGCUUCAAAGGUGUGACGAGCCGCUGGCACACGAAGAAGCUCCCCAGGAAAACCCACAAGGGGCUGAGGAAGGUGGCCUGCAUUGGAGCCUGGCACCCGGCCCGCGUGGCCUACACCAUAGCGCGUGCUGGUCAGAAGGGCUACCACCACCGCACUGAGCUCAACAAGAAGAUCUAUCGCAUUGGCAAAGGGGUUCACAUGCACGAUGGGAAGCUGAUCCGGGACAAUGCCUCCACCAACUACGACACCAGCCAGAAGACCAUCACCCCCAUGGGAGGCUUUCCUCACUAUGGUGAAGUGAACAAUGACUUCGUCAUGGUGAAAGGCUGCGUGGUUGGGGCUAAGAAACGCGUUCUCACCCUCAGGAAGUCUCUGCUCGUCCACACAUCUCGCAAAUCCAGGGAAACCAUUGAGCUCAAGUUCAUUGAUACCACAUCCAAGUUUGGGCACGGCCGCUUCCAGACGGCGCAGGAGAAGAGGGCGUUUAUGGGGCCACUGAAGAAGGAUGCCCAGAAGACGCUGCCUGAACCCCAGCAAGAAGAGGCCUAAUGAAACCGAUAAUAAAAAAGCAGAGUUGCUCCACUAUCA